GUGGACAUGCAGUGUCUGCGGGUGCAAGAAGAACGAGGCCAGAUUCUUCUUUUGCAAGCACUGCGGCCAGCUCAAGCGUGACUCUGCCCAGCACGGUUCGGCCUGGUCGUCUGGCAAAGCUCUUGCCAUGUUCGGCGACCGCCCCAGCUUCUCGGGUAAGAGUGGCGAGAAGGGCUCAGGCAAAGGAGUUGCGGGCGCCCCGUCGGCUGCUAGUGUUCCGAAGCUUUCUGCGGACGAAUACCUUCAGCUGGCAUCCCUGCACGACAAGGUGGGCGACUCUCGGGCAGCAGCUGCCCAUCGCACUGCGGCUGCGGCACUGUCGGCGCCCGCCACAGCAUCAGUUUCGGUGCAGGUGCAGGCGCUUCUCAACAAGGCUCACCAGAAGGCCCGUGCCAUUGAGAAGAAGCUCGAGAGCGCAGUCAGCAAGUUCGAGAUGCUGGAAGCUCAGCUCGCGGCGCAGCGCAACCAAGUGCUGGUCUUGCGCAGCGACCUGGAGCAAGCUGAAGCCGAACAUGGUGAGCUCGUGCGGCGGCUUCAUGACGAGCUACCGAGCACUGGCCCACCGUCCGACUCGGCCUCAGGCACGAAGCUCAGCUUGGAGGACCUGCUGGACGAGAAGCGUUUUUCUCAGAUGUUCGACCUCGAUGUUGGAGAUUGCUUCGCGAUCACUGACGACGAACAGCUCUCGCCAGACGAGGCCAAGCAGUUGUCAGAUCGGGUGGACCUCUUCAAGUCUGGCAUCAGCGACAUGGCUCGCUCCCUGUUCGCCGAGGCCAAAGCUAAAGCUGACAAGCUGCGGGAGGAGCACAAGCAGUUGUCUCAGCGUAUCGCCAAGAAGCGCAAGACGGACGGUGGUGCUACGGUCGACGGUGCUGAUGUCCCUGUUGAUCAGGUGUACAGGGGCAGGUUCUGCUGGCUCGGCCUCGGAGCAGUCUGCGACGGGCUCGGCUUCGCCUACCACUCCGUCAAGUACCAGGGCACGUGCUGA